AUGCAUCGAUCCAAUGUGCAAACACAUACACAUUCUUCUGUUUUACCCCUCAAGGGGGCCCCCAUGAAUUCUUCUCACAAAAUGAUACAGCCCACCGGGUUGGGCGAAUAUGGGAGGCUCGAUGCUCUUCUGUCUUUACUAUUUCCAUCGACCGUCUAUGUGCAAAAUUCGCAAAAUAUCAACGGCCAUAUGCAUUCUUUACGUCUCCUUAAAUUAUCAAAUGGAGCUAGCUUGCUCCUAAAAGGUUCUCCGUCCACCGGCACCCCUCUUCUUCGACACGAAAGAUUCUUUCUCGAAACCGAAGCUCGAUUUCUUGCCCUUCUAGGACAGAGUGCGAACCCCUGUAUCCCGCAAAUAUACCACUAUGAUCCUUAUGGAAACCCACUUGGGUAUUCUUACUCGUUACGACAAUAUGUGAAGGGGACACCUCUCUCAGAAAUGGCAUGUCAGCUCACUUUACAACAACGAAACGGCAUCGACCGGCAUUUGGGCUUCUUAGCCGGUACUAUAGGGCAGAAUGUGGCGCCUGCAUUCGGUUCCCUUCAACAGGUGGCUGUUGGGGCUGGGAAGUUAUCCUGGAGAGACGCUUUCUGUGCCUUGUUUGAAAGUGUGCUCCGUGAUUCCGAGGACAUGUUUAUCAACCUACCAUACGGUCAGAUUCGAGAUGAAUUGAACCGAUUGCAAUCAGCAUUAGAAGAAGUAACACUUCCACGCCUGGUUGUUGUCGGACUUGGCCGAUCUUCUCAUGUUCUUCUGGACGAUGAAUCCAAACAGUUGUCUGGCGUGAUUGAUUUUAGCAGCGCCUUCUGGGGAGAUAUUCUCAUGGCCGAGGUCUUUGAGAACCCGAAUCCUGCCGUGAUAUCAGGAGCUGGGCUGCCCCUGGCUAGGACGCCAGGCGAAACUAUACGGCUUUUGAUGUAUUCCUGUUACCGCCUAGUGUCGCAGGUUACUGUUCAAUAUUAUCGGAAUCGAGAUGAGACAAAGGAGUUUGAUGCACGGAGACGGCUGACAGCAACAAUUACAAAAAUGAUGACUAUGCGUCCAGUUUAG